GGAAGAACCGCAUAGAGCAAAUAAUAUAUCAGACAUAUCUGGAACCGCCUUUGCAGUCGGCUGGCUUCAGUACAGUACCUCUCUACCACUAUCAUUACGCAGUCAACAGUAUGGCCUCUGCCCACAACCCCGUUUCCAGCGAUCUCUAUCAUCUGGUCUUAUCGACCACUCAUAUCAGUAAAGACCCAAACAACAUUAUCGAAAAGGUCCGCAUCCCUGGUACCUACGUAUCACUGCGAGCAGCCAAAGCAGCUGCCCACAGUUGUCUUUUUGACGCCGGGUACGAAAGGGAGUUCUUCACACAAUAUGAGACAAACAAAGAUAUAUUCGAACAGCAGAAUCUCCCAGAACGACAGGGUCUUAUUGUAUUCGCAGUUGCCUCCGAUGGUACCACAUUCCGGGUCCGCAUUGAUACGACUCCAAAUAGUAUGGGAUUAAUGACGGAUUAUGAGGAUGGUCGAAUCCCUGUGACUCUCUACUACGUUAUACAGACCACCUUUACAUAUAACGGAGAGAAGGAAGUCAGCACAGUGCGAGAUCUCAAUGUUUUGAGUGCAUUUACCAGUUAUCAGGAGGCGAGAAUGUAUGCAGAGAAGGUGUUACUGUCCGAGGAUGAUGCCGUGACUAAGGAAAGUUAUGAAGCAUACGACGAGGCGUCGCCUGCCGAAACAGACUGUGGAUAUGGCGAGAAUGUAGUUGUGCAUGCUGUGGGCCAGUAUGGUGAGAAUUUUUCAAUCAGUGUGAUUGAGACAAAGAGGCUGGAAUAUGUCGCUUUGGCGGAAACAUCAAUGCAGAUUAUGUGAGACUUUCUCUCCGUAAUUUCAGUGAUCAUGCUGGUCUUUUCAUAUUUUUUUUUCUUUCUGAUGAUUGUAUUCUACGUGGCAUGCGCUUAGUUC